CCAAGAACACAACAAGCAACGCCCUUUGCUUCAAUCGACCAGACGUGCCCACUUCGACAAAUCGAAACCUACCGAUCGGAUUUGCUCGCUUUGGCUACACAUAUCAAUCUGCCCGCGCGCAACAUGAAUGGUGCAUGAUUGGACGCCAAACAAGACCUUCUAGGUCAACCUAUACAUAUUCACAAACGCGAUGUCUCGAUACGCACAAGUAAACUACGAUACCCGCGACUCUCUUGAGCUUGCAUCACUUGCGUCGUCUUCGCCAGAUGGCCGCGCCUCCACAGAUUCAAGUUCGUCACAAGGCGUCUCCUCCUCGCGAAAACUUUCACUGGAAGCCGAAGACCCUUUAGAUACACAUAACGCCGCGGCAGAUGCCAGACCCGCGGGGCACAAUAGGACAUUUUCUGUGUCAUCCGCUUUCGAAUUCACAUCCAACCUCUUCCCGUUAUCGUCAACUACUGCCAGCGGAUAUGCUCGAAUAGGAGAGGCGAUAGCCCCGUCGGAUCCGGCGACAGGGUUGGGCGGGGUGUCGUUGGAGAAGCACAAGACGUUGACAUACUUGAACGGGCUGUCGCUUAUAGUCGGUUUAGUCAUUGGGUCGGGGAUUUUUUCUUCUCCUGGCCAGGUCAUCACCAGAGCGGGCUCACCUGGAGCAUCUCUGAUUAUAUGGGUGAUCGCCGGAGUACUGGCGUGGACGGGGGCAGCCAGUUAUGCCGAAUUAGGAGGCGCAAUACCACUCAACGGGGGUCCACAAGUCUAUCUAUCGAAGAUAUUUGGCGAGCUGUUUGGAUUUUUGUUCACAUGGUGCGCUGUGGUGGUGCUGAAACCGGGCUCAACCGCCAUUAUUGCCAUUAUUUUUGGGGAAUACCUGGUGCGCGCGAUUGUUGGCGCGGAAGCGGAGAGUGUCAAUCCGUGGAUUAACAAGGGCGUUGCGUUGUUUGGGCUGUUGUCAGUGACGUUUAUGAAUUGCCUAUCCACGAAGCUAGGAACACGCAUUGGGGAUAUGUUUAUGUUCCUGAAAUUCAUUGCUUUACUGGGCGUUACUAUUAUUGGGAUCGUUGUGGCCAUUACCGGAUACUCUGCAUCAGGAGAAGCAAAUCGCGACUGGAAAACCCAUGGAUGGUUUGAGGGUACGAGUACAGACAUCUCUUCGUGGGCUGUUGCUCUGUACUCGGGGUUAUGGGCCUUCGAUGGCUGGGAUAAUACCAAUUAUGUUGUCGGAGAGUUCCGUAAUCCGGGGAGAGACCUUCCUCGGGUUAUUCAUACGGCAAUGCCGAUGGUUAUCGUGAGCUACCUGUUGGCCAACGUUGCAUACUUCUUCGUUCUUCCUCUCGACGCCAUCAAGUCCACCAAUACUGUGGCUGUUCUCUUCGGUGCCAAGGUGUUUGGCACCGCAGGUUCUCUGAUCCUCUCCCUUAUCGUCAGUGCGUCUUGUCUUGGUGCGCUUAAUGCCACUGCUUUCACUAGUGGCCGGCUGGUCUACGCUGCUGGCAAAGAGGGAUAUCUACCAUCUAUCCUCGGCAAGGUCGGUGUGGGCAAUCAAGUCGAACACCCAUCACUAUCAACGCUGCGGACGCGGUCUUGGCUUUCAAAGAAGUUGGCUGUUCUGUUUGGCGACAGCGAAACAGGGCUGUUCUUUACGCCCGUCAACGCACUGGUGUUCAACGCGCUCAUCGCAGUUGUGUAUAUCAUCAUUGGCGAUUUCAGCACACUUCUCACUUUCUACGGUGUUGCGGGAUACACCUUCUACUUUUUGACCGUGCUCGGCCUAAUCGUUCUGAGGGUCAGAGAGCCACACCUGGAACGCCCAUAUAAGACCUGGAUAAGCACGCCCAUAAUCUUUUGUUGUGUAAGUCUGUUUUUAUUAAGUAGGGCCGUGUUUGCUGAGCCGCUACAAACCCUUAUUGUUGCUGCAUUUGUGGUCGUAGGGAUUCCGAUAUAUUACUGGCGUGUACGGGGCAGAGAUCAGAUGUCUCGGAGGCAAGGAGAAAAUGGGGAAAGGCCGUGGUGGAAGUUCUGGAAACGCUAAAAAUAACGAAGAUAAUUGUACUGUACAUAUACUGUUAUACCCAUAGAUCACCUAUAGACGCAAUCAGACGUCUGUUGUCAUAUUAAAUUAAUUUAUUGAAUUUGCGAG